AUGGAGAACGGAGAGGGGAGCUCAAGAGCUUGGAUGGAGGGGGGUAGCGAGGAAGAGGUCCGAUGUAGCGCGCUGGAUCUUAUAAAGCGGAUGGAGGAGGACGGUUCGUGGAAACUACCGUCGGAGCGCAGAAUACAGGUGCCGCACGUGAGGCAGCAGCACUCGUGGGACUGUGGCGUGGCGUGCGUGCUCAUGGUGCUCAAGGCGCUCCAAGUCCCCAUCCACCCCGUCCAAACCGAGCCCAUGCAAAGCAUCCCGGCCGUCCAUUCGCUACAGCCAAUCAGAGCAUCUCCUGCCCAGGCGCUUCAGGGAGACGAAGUGGGCGGAGGGGAUGAUGCGGUGGCAGAGAGAGCUGCUGUGGAGCGUACCUGCCCGUCCGAAAGGGAGUCUGCGCGUGUAGCAGAGGGUGCUGACGCCAUGUGGCACUCUCUGGAACCAGCAGCGGGUGCAGGGGAUGUGGGAGAGGGUGUCAAUGGGUGCACAUGGAUGCGCACAGCAGAUGCCACAGGGGUUGCCGCAGCGGGGCCGGUGAGGAGAGGGUCGGCGAGGGGCCGUGGCUGUGCGGUGCGAGGUGGUGAAGAGGGGUGUGACGCCGUACCCGACACGACACGAGACAUGCGAGCAGUAGCAUGUGCAAUUGCGGGUGCAGGGAGGGGGAGGGCCGGGGGGAGCAGGGAGGCAUGUGAGCUGCAGCAUCUGCACCGCCAGUGCGGCACCACCAGUGUGUGGAGCAUAGACCUGGUGGCGCUGCUGCAGCGCCACGGCGUGGGGGUGGAGUUCCUCACCGUCACCAUCGGCGCCAACCCCUCCUUCGCCCACCAGCCCUUCUACAAGGAGAACAUGCCCGGGGAUGUGGACAGGGUCAAUCGCCUCUUUGCCGACACCAUACGAGCCGGCGUGCGCAUUCAGUGUGCGUCCAUAGGCAUUCAGCAUCUUGCCUGGCUGCUUCUCUCGGGUCGUUACCUCAUCAUUGCCCUCGUGGAUAAGCGCAGCAUCACCCAUCCACUGGCAUCAGAGCGAUGCCCUCCUGAGUGCUGCGGACCCACUCCGGGCUACAUUGGUCACUUUGUGGUGCUCUGUGGGUUUGACGGCCACUCGAGGAUGUUCCAGAUCUGCGACCCCUCCUCGCAUGGGCAUGGUGGCACAUCGUGGGUGCCGAUGGCAGCAGUGGAGGAUGCACGCAUGACGUUCGGCACCGACCAGGAUCUGAUCCUG